AGCUGAUACUUCAGAGCCUUUUCGAAAGCAAAGGGUCGGCCCGGCCAUGCUGGUGACGGGACCGAGCGGAAGGUCUACGCGCCGACCGAAGUCUGCAUGCGCCGCAGGGCUGUCAGCGCAGGUGGGAGCGCAGUGCACCUCGGACAUGCUGGGCGCACGCCGUGAGUCGGCGAGGGCUGCCCAUGCCGCCGCGCCAGUGCCCGACCUGGACGCCACCCCGAAGCCGAGGCGGCCGCAGCCGCCGCUGUCGGCGAGGUCGCGAGACAGCGGCUUCAGCUGCUACCAGGGCCUCUCCGCCGUGGAGCACCUGCGGUGGGAGAUGCAGGCCUCGAGCGAGCAGUGCAGGAUGGCCGUGCGCACGGAGCUCGGGCCCCUGACGGAGGUACUCUGCGACCACAUCGCCUCCGCGGUCAACCAGACGGUGACCGAGGCGUGCGCGCUCCGCUGCUCGCAGGAGCAACUGCUCGCGCGGAGGCGAUGGAGAUCUGGCCCAAAGACCAGGGGCGAGCACGCCGACGAGUGGGCGCAGCACGCGGCGGGCAAGCGGGGCGCAGCAGUCGCGGGCCACAACGCUCUCAAGGAGGCUCUUGCCUUGUGA